CCCACAGGAUGGAAACUGACUACCUGAAGAGGUGCUUUGGGAACUGCCUUGCCCAGGCACUGGCAGAGGUGGCGAAGGUUCGGCCCAGUGACCCCAUAGAGUACCUGGCUCACUGGCUUCAUCAGUACGGGAAAAUCACUAAAGCACAGGAAUUGGGCAGGCAGGAGAAGAUCCAGCUGAAGGAGGAAUAUGAUAAUAGCCUCAAGGAAACCCAAAUGACAGAAAUGCUGAAGCAAGAGGAGUAUCAGAUUCAACAGGAGCAUGAAAAGUGUCACCAGCCACUGGUGUCUGCAGCUAUUUCCACAAAGGAGACCAUAUUCAUGCAGGAGAACACAAAAUCCCUUGAAAAUGAGGCCUGGAAGCAGGAAUGCCUGCCAGGUACCGCCAGUAAGAUUCCAGAAAUGCCUCAGCAGAUUCCUUCUUCUGAUUCACCUGGCCAGACUGACGGGAGUGUCAAAACUCCACCAGAAAUAAAUUACUAG